GAGAGUUAAAGGCCUACAACUACCGGAUACGCCGUGAAAGUUAUAGGCCUAUGAAAUGUUUGAAGAGGCCACCCCUGGUAAAUGGGAAAAGACCAAUGAAGGUGAGAGAGCCGGACGAGGACCAUGUGACGUCCAUCAUGGACUCCAUGUUGAAGCAGCCAACUGGAGAUCAUCUUCCCUUCGUUGGCCUCGUCGACCCUGCCCAGGCCGGACGCAAAGAAGACAUGAGCUUGACGAAACUGAGAGUCGGCGACUACGACAUUUUUGUGCUUGGUGGUGGCCACAGUCGGGAAGCGAGGGAGUUGUUAGCACGCAUGAACCCCGACAACGAGGAGUACCAGUACAAUGUGUGCUAUGUUUACGUUGGCCUCACGAUCGAUGAGGCGAGGCAGGUUACCCACAAGCAUAACCUUGGGGCGGGUUACCACAGGGACUUGAGCUUCAUCGAGAAGCUUUGGUGCUGGCGCCAAGUCUUUGAGAGCAGGGGGUGCGUCAAGUCGCAAGAAGUGAAGCUCGCUUGCCUGAAAGAAGCAGGGAUUCCGAACGCGGCGAAGAAAUUGAACGCCCAAGACCCGUUGCUGCAGUGUGCUUUCAAACCCCAAGAGAUUUGGGAGCUCAUGUGUAAGAUCAUGAGCAUGUGGCAGAAGGGCGAGGUCAAAGGCCAAAAACUGAAGCUGGUUGCCAGGAGCUUCUUGAAAGCGGACCUGGAUCUGGAACCGAGCGAGUCCGAGGGCGCGAAGAAAAACCAGCGUGGGAAGAGGCUUGAUAGGGCGGCUGCAAAGGAGCAAGAAAUGGCGCUUCUUUAUCCACGGGUGCAACUGCAGGGUAACAAGGUCCCCAUGGUCGCCGAGGACAUGCCAGCGCAACACUGGAUAGCCAUGGGUAGUAUGGCUCCAGAGAACGCCGUCCCUAUCCUCCUUGAGGUCAUUGCGAAGCAGAUCUCGCUUAAGGAGAUGGAUAAGAAGUUCCAACUUGUCAAGCAAAUCGCCUACGUCUGCAAGGCAUUCGCAGUGGGGGUGGGUGUUGCUGACUUCAAGGACGCCGAGAAGAAGUAUCCUCUCCACACAAAGAAAGAGAUUUUGGAGAAGUUCGUUGGUGGCAUAAGAGGGGGUCAGACAAGUAUCCCUGCACUGGAUGGCCAUAUUAAACGGGCCAUUGAAUGGAAGAACAAGGAGAGGAGACUGCAAGCAAAGAACGCUAUUCACGCGUUCCGUACGAAACCUCUCGUGGAACCGUUCGUCGAGUGGACGGAGGUGACACACGACAACGACUCGGCGGAAGUGAAAAUUAUCGAUGGCGACAUGCGCUCGUUGUCGAAGCUGCAGACAGAAAAAGUGUCGAUAUCUCUAACUAUUUUCGACUUCCCUUACGGGUUCGCGCACGAGGGCCACGCAUCUAAUAAUGAGCCGUUUCCGGAGUUGGACGUUGUGGAGGACAUGCUUCCUUCCAUCCGUUCUGCGUUUCAGGAGGUUUGCAAUGCAGGGCAGGAGCUUUUGACGUGGUGCAAGCCUAAUGUGACGAAUCCGGGUGGGCCACGGCUUGUGAGUGCGACCGAAUUGUGCGUGCUCGGCUACUACAGUGAGAGUGGGCAGCGCGAGAUGGCGCAUUACAAUUUUGAUCCCACUGAUAUGCGUCACAAUUUCCAGCUCUUCAAUGCUGUGACGCAGAAGUACCAGCACCCUGGUGGCGGUGUUCUCUGCCCGUACCAGAAGCCGUAUACUUUGUACUCCUGGCUUGUGAAUAAAUUCUUUCCCGCAGGGGCCUAUAUUCUGGAUGGUUUCUCCGGUUCGAGCACAGGUGCCAUAGCGUGCGUCAAGGCAAAUCGAAAUUGCCUUGUGGUGGAGAUAAACACCAAGUGCGCUUAGGGCAUCGCCAUGAGGCUUCUGACAGACAUCGGCGGCACACUUGCGUGCGAAACGCCAAAGUGGAAAGAAAAGGUCGCACAAGGCAACCCGACCUCUAAGUUAUCUGGGGAUACGAAGUCUGCCGGAAAUGAACUCGUGCCCGACGA